GUGUUUCCUCCUAUUUUCGAGCACGUGAACGUGUCUAACACUCACUCUUCGUUUGCUUCCCUACCCUCGACGGCCCUAAACUUCACGAUUCUUUAAAUCUCACAAACAUCAUUACUAAUUGUCAGAGUUUCUCAAUUAGUCGUUGAGCAUGACGGCUCUCACGAGAAGCGCCGGUCAUGUGAGCCUCCGACCGAAUUGCGGCAUCUGUGGCAGCUCGAUGGAAGUCACUGAACGUUUCGUAUUGCUCCUCGGUAACGGUGACUCUACCGCCUUUUCGCAACGCCUUGGCCCAUACAUAUUCCCAGGAUACGGGCAUCGGCCCAGCAGCAAGGACGGCAUACUAUUAUGCCGCAAGCCAGGUUGUAGCCGAUGUGCCGUUUCACCGGAGGCGUCCACUGUGCAUUUUGAAUGCUAUGAAUUUAUCGCACAACGCUCGAAUAUAGACAGAUCUUUGGACUACUUGUGGGUUGUUACUGCCUGGCGAACUCCGUGGGGUCGCGCUCCCAAAUUCCGCCUGGAGGAAAAAGUCGUCAAAUCAGUCUCGUCAGUAUUUAACCACGUCAACAUCCCGAGAAUAAGAUCACUUCCUCCAGAAAUACUCCAAAUUAUUUACGAGUACUCGGCAACGAGUAUCAUCUGGCGGUUCAACACAGCAUCUGAGGUGAUUCAGCGAUUGACAAUCCCCUCGUCAGAUCACCUCCUAUCAAUCCCCCUGCACAAGGUCUCGGCUUGGAAACGUAGCGGCCAACCACGGACUACAGAGACAGCCCAUAACCUUCCAGUUGUCCGUUUGACGAUUGAUUCGCAGGGUAUUCGAGAGGUUGAAAGACUGCCUGGGAAUCCACCUUUCAGAAGAUGGCGGACCGAUGACUUUGUAUUCGUCACACUAAACCAUGAGUUUCUUGAUGGCGCAGUUGCACACUUCAAGUUUGGAUCGCUGCGUUUGGAACUACCGAAGACAUGUCAUGGAAUUCAGACUUGGGAUACGCCAACUCCCCCCGACCUGCAGAUAUGCCGCUUCUAUCCAAACAGUAUCCGCUACUCUACACAGUUUAAAACAAUCGAUCUGCGUCAGACUAACGGCAUCACUCUCUUCUUCUGCAUUGGCCAGGUUUGGGAUAUACAUGCCCAUACACAAAAAGCUCCUUGUGCUCUGGCAACCUAUCAACGCCUCCCUCCCCGACGUCAACGGUCAGUUGCGUGGGUCUAUGUCCCAUUUUCGCAAAAGGACCAUAUCACUGCAUUAGGCGCCCGAAUGUCACUGUCUGAAAGUAGUUCCUUUGGUAGUACCUGCUUACUUUUCCGCAUGAAACUAGCUGGCGACGUGUCAGUCGGACUUACUCCUGCCAGAAAAGCAAAGGAUUUACUCCUAAGUAAGUCACGUUUAAUGACAAUGAUAUAUAACACAAUCGAACUGCAACCCGUUUCUGUUAUCGGCGUCUAUUCCACCGGGGAAGAAGAUCCCUCGCCAAUGCCUUCGUUUCGCCACCCAAUCAUUGACGAUGCUCCAUUCUCAAACGCUUGUUUCUCCUUCGCUUCUUUGGAUCUGGUUGAUUGCAUGAGGGUUUUCUACGACAAGCUUACUGGUCUAUGCCUGGGGAUCUUAUUGCACUAUCAAAACGGCGCGCAACGGGCACUUGGGCAAUGCCGAGUCGACGUCGACCCUGUUGAAGAUUAUGUGAAACCGGUUCAACUAUGCUUCCGUCGCCAGGUUCGUGUUCGACCCGGUACCCGGCGUCAGUUACAGACAACUAUAGUAAGGGGAACUAGUAGUCAGGAGCACAAUCACGAUGAGCAGGGUUGGACGUGUUUCGAAAUGCAGGGCGCUCUAGAAUUCUGGUUUUCUUGUGAAGAAACUAUGUUGACGGCAAUCGUGCACUAAGAACGUUGAGAUGGGAUCAAUUCUAAACGCAUUGAGUAACACCUUUUGCAUCACUUUCUCUUCUUACUAGCCCGUGUGUCGGCUCCAACGACCAAGUAUAGUACUGCCCACCC